GUGUGUUGAUGACGACAGACGUGCAGGUUGGGGCAGGGCCGGUGUGACGUUGAGCAGCAGGGGAGUCAGCUUAGCCGCCCGGCUCUCAGUCACUCAUUCACACACACACACCGCAGGAAAACACACGCUCCACUCGGGGGAAAGAGGAAACAGCAGCGCAUGAGAAAUAACUAAGUACAAAGGUGGGAAGAGCGGAACAGAGGCCCCGAGAAGCGAACGAGAAAACGAAAAGAUGACGAUUGGCAAGAACUCCAGGAAGAGCUCGGUUCGAAGCUCUAUCAGAGCCCCCAAGUUCCUGGACAAAUCGAAUGGUUUCUACGGUCGCCUGGAUGAGCCUGAGGUCGCAGCGGGGGAAACGGUGAUGGGGAAGGAGGUGGAGCAGGGUGUAGAUGAUGGCAGCAGAGACGCAGGAGUUGUGACCAUCUCGCAUCAAACUAUGGUACACAGCUCGGGGGCAGACGAGGAAACAGAGGUGUUUGACUUCACCGACGGGAUGCUGGAGGAUGAUGGAGAGACUCUCCUGCAGAGGAAACCCAGCCGCCGCAGCAGCAGGUGGAGAAGAAGCUCCAGGAGGAAGCAGAAGGAGGAGAGGGCCGAGGACGAGGGACGGCAGAGCCCCGGCUCGCCAAGUCCUCCGGACGCCGCCGUCCCAGAAGACACCAGGGCGAAGAUCGAGGUUGAGAUCGAGAAUCUGAAGAUGGUGGAGGAAGAAAUCGAGAAGGCCGGCAAGGGGAGAGAGGCCCCGCUCGUCCACUUCCCAGUGAGGGAGGAUGCGGACGACCAAGUCCUCAUCAGAGACAAGAAGCGAGGAAGAGAAGAGGAGGAGGAGGAAGAGAGGGAAAUGAGGAGAGAACAGGAGGAAGGCAUGAAGAUGGUGAAGAGGAAUACAGUCAAGCAUUAUCGCAAGGCCUUUGACCGAGCGCUCCGACGCGGCUGGGAGGCCUUCAUCACCAACCUCUACAGCGUCACCCUCACGCCUGUGACAUCCUCCUCGCCAUCGCCGCCCUCGCUGAGGAAGAAGGACGAGCACAGCUCCGUGUUGGCCGAGUUUCAGUAGAGCCGGACGAUUCAAACCUCAAACCUCAAUCAUCUUUUGUGAUUUUUAGUACAAUGAAACCAGGGUGACGUGCAGAACAAUCCACGUACGACUGACUUUUACUGCGCCUGCACGCUGGAGAGAGCUGCAUUGAGUUUCAGAAGCAUUCAUUAUUUAUUGUAGUUUUCAGUUUUAAUUACUCGGUCUAACAUUUGGAGCCUCGUCACGUCCUGCUGCAACUAACGGCUGCAGGUUUUCACUUUACAAGCCGGGGGAGCCACGAUGGCUAUUUUGCAAUGAAGUCGAUGAUACUGGCUCGAGAAAAAGAGCAUUUACAGAGUCUGCUGGCUCUGUUCUUUAAUUAAUUUAUUCAGAGGUGUGAAAGUACUUGAUUCCUUUAGCGCCUGACAUCAACUAUCAAGAGCUUGUUGUGCAAAUAAUCUCUGCUUUCCUUUGGUUAACAUCAUGAAACACCUGAAGUGUUGAGUUGUAACCACAAGGACUGUUUGAAAGAACAGCAAUGACUGAUUAGUGGACUUUUGUUGGGGUGAUAUUAAUGUUUCUAUGGGAUUAUAAGAGUUAUUUAUGGCUGACUCACAGUUUAGCAGGUAAGGGAGCUGGGAUAUGCUCCCAAUCCAGUCAAUCACUAAGAAUUUGUAAAUUGGUAAAAAAUUGGUAAAAAAUCUAGGGAUAAGUUCCACUUUUUAGCACAUCAGAAGUGUCAUGUUCACCUCGUUCCUCAUGAGUUCCCCAUAUCAGAGUUCUGGUGACGGUUAUUUGACCUGAAUGGACAGGGAAUGAGACAUGUACCUGAGACAGAAACUGAAACCUGAUAUCAUGUUGAUUCAUGGUUAAAUGAGUAUUACACACCAGCAUGACUGGCAUGGUGCCUUUUUUGUUUUUUAUGGUUUGGUUGCAACUGUACAGUUUGUUUUUCGUGUUUAAUUUUCAAUUGCAAAGGUAGCUGCAGCCUGUAUUUAAGGCAUUUUAAUUGUCAACUUUUGUACUAAUGAAAGCUUUAUUUGAAAUAAACUUGUAAUUUCUUGUUAGCGA